AUGAAAAAACUGUACCGAAAGGGAGCGGUUCAUCCAUCAUCGCCGCCGUCAACGGUGUCGGAGCAACUAUCAUUCCUUCCGGCAACAAUUCUGACUCUCAUCGUCGCUCUCUCACCGGAGGAUAAAGAAGUUCUCGCUUACCUCAUCUCAUGCUCUUCAUCUUCUUCUUCAUUUUUCAAAAACCCUAACCGGAAAACCAAGGACGCCGUUCAAGGUGAACAUCUUCCUCUCUUCCAUUGCAACUGCUUCCAUUGCUACAUGAGUUAUUGGAUUCGUUGGAACUCGUCGCCGAAUCACCAACUCAUUCACACAAUCAUCGAUGAAUUUGAAGAUUUUCUCUCUCAAACCGCGAAUAAAAGAAAGCAGAAGAAAAACAGAAAAGCAUCCAACAACAACAACAACAACAAGAAAAACAAUAAAUCGUCUGAGUUGAAUCGUUCCGAGUUGGAAUCGUUGGAGCCGGUGACGGAGAGUAAUACUACUAGUGGUAGUAGUGAUGUUGUUGAUGUUAGUGAAGAAAUAGAUUUUGUUGAUUCGGUUGAAGUUGAAGAUGCAAAUGAAGAGAAAUUAGGUUCAGUGAGAAAGCUUAUGAGAUUCAUUAGUGGAAAAGUUUGGUUUCGAUGGUGUGUUUGGGGAAGAUGA